GCUCCGUAGUGGCGGUUUAUUGGCUACAGGCGGAUCACUAAACAGAACAUCCUCAACAACGUAUCGGUUAUUAAUCCGUCUUUUACGGUGUUGCCAUGGAGGAGGUGACCCGCCUGGUGUCAACGGGGGACUGCGUGAAGAUCUGGGAUGCUGUUUCCAUGGCGCCGCUGGAGCAGUUUAACCCCCACAACGUCAGCCACCCCGUGGCACAGGCCUGCUGGAGCUCCCACAAGCAGUACCUGGUCUCAGCCAGCAGCAGCGGAGACAAACUGGUCGUUUCCAGCCUCAAAUCUUCUCCUAUACCCGUCCUGGAGCUCGCUGAGGGGAAAAAACAAACCCGGGUUUGUCUGAGCUCAUCCUCUCAGUUUGUGGUCAGCGGCGGUCUGGAUCACUGCGUUUACAUCUGGGACCUGAAGACCAAGAGACUGCACCGCUCCCUAAAGGACCAUAAAGAGGAAGUGACCUGCGUGUCCUUUAACGCCAACGACAGUUACAUCGCCUCGGGCUCCACCAGUGGCGAUCUGGUCCUCCACAGUAUGACCACCAACCUGUCCAGUAAACCCUUCGGGCACGGCAGCAACCAGCCGAUCCACGAUCUGAGGCUGUCCACGCUGAAGCGCUCUCUCCUGGGCAGCGUGUCGGACAGCGGCACCGUGGUCCUGUGGGACUCCAACACUCAGAAGGAGCUGCAGGUGUUCGACAGCGCCCACAAGGCUCCAGGGUCUGGCCUCGCCUUCUCCCCUGCCAGCGAGCUGCUGGUGGUCAGCGUCGGAUUGGACAAAAAGAUCGUCUGCUACGACACCGCCAGCAAGAUAGUGCUUAAGUCGAUCCGGGUCGACAGUCCUCUGACAGCGGUGGACUUUACUCCAGACGGGACCGGUCUGGUGGUCGGGUCCACCCAGGGGAAGAUCUACCAGUAUGACUUGAGGAACUCCAGCGCCCCCACCAGGAUCACUGUGGCACAUAAAACCUCAGUGACAUGUUUGCGUUUUCAGGGCAACGCCAGCAGACUCAAGUCCAGCAAACUUGGCCCCACUAAGAUCGCCAGUGUUGCACGAUCCUCGACCAAGCUGUCCAACAGCCAGCCAGAGUCCACUCCCAGCACAGGCCAGGCCCCCCACAGACAGCUGACGAGUACUGCAGGUGGCGCUGGGGUGGAGGUGAUGUCCCGUGAAGCAGAGGGUCAGCAGGGGUCAGAGCAGACUCCUGUGGUGGAGAAGUUCAGCAGCGUUGGACGAAACAGUCUUGACAUGUUCUCACCUGCUCGGGAAGACCCGAGGACUCCGGGGUUUACAGCAGACACGCUGUCAGGUAGAAGUCAAGUUUCCAGUUCAGAGAUGUUGUCCAGAGAGGCAGAGGGGCAGCCUGUCGUUGGUCGGGCCAGUCUGGACAUCUUUUCUCCUGUCAGAGAAGACUCCUACUCUGGAGGGGGCUCGCACCGUAAAACCCCCCUGGGAACACCCCUGGUGUCCUCAGCGGGGCGAUGCUACAGCCCACUGUCAACCUUCCAGACUCCGCCCCCCAUCAAAGAAGAGGAGCCAAUCUCUACUGCAGCAGCAGAACCAUGUGACACUGGGAAGCCGAGCAGCUCCAGUCUGGAGGGUGAUGGUCAGACCACGCCCACGUCCUCCCAGCAGACCAAUCACAGCCAGGCAGGCCCGCCCUUCUUCACCCCGGAGCCAAGCCUGAGGAGAGCCAAUGGGAUUCAAACUCAGCUGAGCUACGAUUCACCUGUCCAAGGAGCUCCGCCCACUGCAGCAGGUCCCGCUCUGUCUGCAGCUGUCUCCUCGUCUCUCUCUCAGAACAUCGCUGAUGUGGUCGGUCAGGCUGGAGCUGCUCCUCUCACUUCGCUGCAGAUCCACUUUAUCCAGAACAUGAUCCACGAGACGCUGGAGGACUUCAGGGACGCCUGUCACAGAGACAUCGUCAACCUGCAGAUGGAGAUGGUGCGGCAGUUUUACAUCCAGCUGAAUGAGAUCCAUGGUCUGAUCGAGAAGUACUCUGUAAACGAGUCUCUGGUGGAGGAGAUCGAGAAGCUGAGGGAGGAGAACCGCCGCCUGAGAGCAAACUACUGACCCUCAGAUCAGAACGUUUACCAGCCUGUCGUGCCCUGGGUUCAGUCUCCCAGGCAUCCUUCACCUCUGCGUGCCGAGGUUUACAUUAGAGACCACACAGGGAGGAGGUUUGGAUUUUCAUCCUGGAGAGUCUUCAGUCAGCCAAAGAUAAAAAACAAGCUCUCUUCUCUGCUCUUCUCUCACUGCCAACGACUGAACAACAGCGCCCUCUGCUGCCGAGGAGGACUGCAGCAUAACGGACUAGUUUUAAGAACAAACAUGGAGCUGAAAUGUCCGUACAACAUGUAAAAAUCAUAUUUUAUGGUUGAGCUCUGGCUAAGCUGCAUGAAGAAAUGACGAUGAACAUUCAGAUGAACAUUUUCAAACUAAAUCAGAAACUGUAAAAAUCAUGUGUGUUUAAUGUUUUUUGAAAAUAAGAAAAUGUAUAGAUAAUAAAAAGAUUCAUAUGGAAAUGAAACAGAAAAAGUUGAUUUUAUUGGCAUUAGAAAGUCAAAUGUGCUGGAAAUACUCGUACAAACAAGUUGACCGAAUUGUAAUACAACUGAAAGUUUUUAAAAAGAUGCCUUCAUUUAAAAAAA